AUUUCAGGUUUUGCAUGUGGAGCAUUUUUGGGUUUAUUUUCAGCAAGUAUGGAUCCAAGUAUUGGCAUAGCUCCUGAAAAACAGACAUUAAAAUUUAUUAUGAAUGACUUUAAAGUAAAAAUCUUAUCGUAUGGGAAAAGCUUUGCAAUGAUAGGUGCUGUUUUUUCUGCUAUAGAAUGUGGUAUAGAAAGUCACAGAGGCAAAAGUGAUUGGAAGAAUGGAACAUUAGCUGGAGGAAUAACAGGAGGAAUGAUUGGUCUAAGAGCUGGUGUUAAAGCUGGAAUUGUUGGUGCUGCAGGAUUUGCUGCUUUUUCUACAGUUAUUGACCAUUAUAUGCGUUCACGUUUCUGAAGUUUCUAGAGAGAAAAAUAUAUAUAUAUGUGAAUAUAAACACUUUUUAUUCAAUAUGUGUUUGUAUUAGAUAUUAGAUUUUGGUCUGCAAAAUCUGAAGUUGUUGAAAUAUAUUUAUUAAAAAAUUAUUAUCUAUA